UCAGCAGAUGGCGGUAAUGCACUAUUAAGUGCAACUCGCCAAUAAAGAGGAAGAAGAAGAAGAAGAAGAAGAAUGAGACAAAACGUGUUGCGUUCCUAUCCGUUAUGUUCUGAAACGAUGAAUCAUGUCUUGUCUACCCACACGGAUAAUUUGACGCAAACCUAACGUACAAACAACAGAUGUUAUUAAACGCUCCAAUGCAAGGUUGGGAGAUGUCCGUGGCGGAAAUGGUUGUCAAAGGGGGGUGUUAAAAAGAUGGUCCUUUGGUCAACUCUGUGAUUCUAAGUCAUCCGUCAUUUCCCACUGUUACGAGCCUCGACCCCACCCUAGCUGCCUUUGUGAUAAGUCAUUCGCCCAGAUAUCCACGCUCACCAAGCACCAGCAAAUGCACACUGAAAAGAAGCCCUAUAAAUGCCCCUACUGUGACAAAUGUUUUAGCCUUUCUUCUGGCCUGGUUCUGCAUAAAAGUAGCCAUGCUGGAGAGACGCCUCACACCUGCCACCUUUGCACCAAGACCUUCAUCUCCUCCACUCACCUGGCACUGCACCUGUGCUCACACACAGGAGAAAGGAAGUACAAAUGCAGUAUAUGUUCUAAAAUGUUUAUGCAGCAUUCCCAGCUUGUGUGCCAUAAGAAGAUUCACACCGGCGAGAAACCAUUCAAAUGCCCCGACUGCAACAAGUGUUUUGGCCGUGCCUCACACCUGAAAACCCAUCGUAGGCUUCACACAGGUGAAAAGCCUUUCAAAUGUACACAGUGUGACAGGGCUUUUACACAGAAGGCUGGACUUAUUAUACACCAGCGUCUGCACACAGGUGAGCGCCCUUUUAAAUGCGACAAGUGUGGUAAGGCCUUCCGUACAUCAGCCCACCUGCUCAAACAUCAGGCUCUGGAGUUAGAUGAGGGUGCGUACAUCUGUGCCACAUGCCACAAGGGCUUCAGGUCUGUGUCCAUACUAAAACAACAUGAGAAGAGCCACCAGAGCAGUGAGACGCUCUGCUGUAGUGUGUGCUCGAGGGCCUUUGUUCCCUCCUCUUACCUGCAGCUGAAACUGCAGAUACGCAACAAAGAGCUGCUCUACCAUUGCAAGGUGUGCAACAAAACAUUUGUAAAGAUGUCCACCUUUGAAAAACACUGCAACAAGCACCAGAUGAAGAUGGACAGGCAAGAGGACAAGACUGUAAAAGAGGAAGAUGCACAUGAUCCACCAUUUGAGCUGCAUAUUGCAGCAUCCUCGACAUCAGAUGUCAACACACGUUCCAAAACAAGAGCCAAAUGUAGGAGUAAAAUGGAAAAUUCAUAAUAAUGGAGUUGCUGCCAUAGUUCAGAAAUAGUUCACCCAACAAUAAAAAUUCUCACA